GAUAGACAGAGAGAGAGUGAGACAGAGAGAGAGAGAGAGACAGAGAGAGAGAGAGACAGAGAGAGAGUGAGACAGAGUGAGAGAGACAGAGUGAGAGACAGAGAGAGAGUGAGAGAUAGAGUGAGAGAGAAAGAUAGACAGAGAGAGACAGAGAGAGAGUGAGAGAGAAAGAUAGAGAGAGAGAGAGGUAGAGAGUGAGACAGAGAGAGAGUGAGAGAGAGACAGAGAGAGAGAGAGACAGAGAGAGAGUGAGAGAGAAAGAAAGAGACAGAGAGAGAGAUAGACAGAGAGAGAGUGAGACAGAGAGAGAGAGAGAGACAGAGAGAGAGUGAGACAGAGACAGAGUGAGAGAUAGAGUGAGAGAGAAAGAGACAGAGAGAAAGAUAGACAGAGAGAGAGAGAGAGAGACAGAGAGAGAGAGACAGAGAGAGAGUGAGAGAGACAGAGUGAGAGAGACAGAGUGAGAGAAAAAAGAAAGAGAGAGAGACAGAAAGAGAGAGGUAUAUACAGAUACAGAUCUCCUCUGAGUGAUGAGCACUGACUGAGCCUGACUAACCAAUCACAGCUCACCUAAACCCACAGACAUUGUUGUGGACCAAUCAGAGCACAUAUUCAAACGAGGGCGGGAUUUUACGCUCCAGUAACGGUUACUACACUCUGAUGAGAGAAGCCUCGAGAGGGCGGGGCUUGUGACAUCAUCAGCCGGUGGGCAGGAAGACAGAAAGGGGGCGGGGCUAUGUCCAGUGAGUGGCAGCAGGGGAGAGACAGAUUCAGAGGGAGGGAAGGAGAAGAAGGAGGCUCACAUCUCAUCCAUCUCUCUCUCUCUCUCUCUCUCUCUCUCUCUCUUUCCUCCUUCAGCAUCUGCAUCUCAUCGAGCAUCCUCCUCUCUCUCCUGUGUGUGUGCGUGCGUGUGUGUGUGUGUGUGUGUGUGUGUGAGAGUGUGUGUGUGUAUGAGUGUGUCAGCGAAGAAUAUUUCUCUGCAUCGCUCCGCUGGUACUUAGAGACUGUGCCCAUCCGUUGCCUUGGCGAUGGGCUGUCGGCUGUCAGGGCCGUGGAUGAGCGACGGAACAAUGGGGGUGAGUGCACAGGAUCUGAGGUACAUACGGAACCAUGAGGCUUUACGGAUCCUGGCCAACUACGAGCAGCCAAUCACGGUGCAGAUAGAAGGGCGAAGGGGGCGGGGCUUACAGUAUCAUCGAUCAUCAGACAGCAGCACACAGACGGAGCGACCGUGGGACAACGUCACCUCCGACAGGCCCUGCUUCAGUCACAUGACCCUGCCUGGUAACCAUGGAGAUGGAGGCAGAUACGAGUAUCUCCCGAACACUCCGCGGGACCUCGAGGACAUGAGAACGGUUCCACGCCAUGAUCCUGAGUUCUCUCCUAAAGCUGCUCAGAAGCAGAACUGUCUCCUCUCCUGCUGCAGCUCCAACAUGGAGGAACCGAGCAGCUUCCAGAGCCAGACGGAGGACGAGGACUACGUGUUGGAGAAGACGGUUGGAUAUCUCCCCCUCCAUCACGAGCUCGACAGCGGCCUCGGCUGGACGGACGGCAGCUUCCACCAGGGGGAGCUCUCGGGGGUGGAGACGGAGGAGGGGUUAGACGAGUGCCACGCCCACCAGGGAGGUCGAGGAGCACGAGUACGAGGAGGAUCGCCUUCGUCCGAGUCGUUCAUUUCGUCGGAGCUGAGUGACUCGGGGUUCUACAGCGUGAGCACGGCUGAGUUCCUGCGCUUUCAGCGUCUGCUGGAGAAACGCAUGCGGGUGUAUAACUCACGCCUCCACCACCAGGGGGAGCUGCAGAACCUGUGCAUGGACGCACAGAAAGCACACCGGGAGCUGGAGGCCAUCCCCGAGGCGCUCGCCACGCAGCCCGACAGCGAGUGCGUGGAGACGGACGCUCACCCGCGGCAGAUGGUCAGGGUCGCGUCCGUGCAGCUGCGCAAAAGCGAGCGUCCGUGUCUGAACCGCCACAGCUCGAGCAGCGCCGCCAUUUUCUCCACCUGCAGUUCUCCCAGUGGCCAGCAGAGGGUGCUGACGCCGCGCGGUACGACUGCUGCAGGGAUGCUGAGGAGGAGCAGGACGCUGCAUCACCGCCCCGUGCAUGUGGAGCAGCGCAGGAGGGCGAGUCACCCGGCGUCACCUAACUACUGCAGCGUGACGCUAAACCGCUACGGACACGCGCUACAGCAACAGCUAACUGAGGAAACUGAAACAGAUGUGCUGUACAAUGCUAACUACCACACACACCACGCUAAUCAGCCUGUGCAUCAUGCUAAUCACCCUACAAACCAUGCUAAUCAUCUCACGCAUCAUGCUACUCACCCUACAAACCAUGCUAAUCAUCUUACACAUCAUGCUAAUCACCCUACAAACCAUGCUAAUCAUCUUACACAUCAUGCUAACCACCCUACGAACCAUGCUAAUCAUCUUACACAUCAUGCUAACCACCCUACGAACCAUGCUAAUCAUCUUACACAUCAUGCUAGCUACCCUACACACCAUGCACAUGUUGCUAACUACACCACACUACAUGCUAAUCAUCCUGCACCCUCUAUGCACCAUGCUAACCAUCCAACACACAUCGCUAAUCAAGCUGCACACCAUGCUAACAACUUCACACAUCCUACCCAACACGCUAAUCUCCCUCCACGCCCCUAUCAUGCAACUCUUCCCGCCCAACACACACGCCACGCCCACGGCAAACUCGCCUCACAUGCUCCACACCACGACCACGCCCACGCUACGCUCCCCGCCCAACAUGCACACCACGACCACGCCCGCGCUAUGCUCCCCGCCCAACACGCACACCACGACCACACCCACGCUACGCUCCCCGCCCAACACGCACACCAUGCACAGGGUACACCUGCAUCACAUGGUGCACACCUUGGCCACGCCCACACUACGCUCCCCGCCCAACACGCACACCACGCCCACACUACACUCACAUCACACGGCACGCACCACGGCCACGCCCACACUACACUCACAUCACACGGCACACACCACGGCCACGCCCACACUACACUCACAUCACACGGCACACACCACGGCCACGCCCACAAUACGCUCCCCUCACAUGCCCCGCCUCACUCCCACGCUACGCUCCCCACCCAACACGCACAUCACAUGUCACGGACACGCCCCAAACAUGCUAUAAGCCAGCCCAGUCUAUCCAGCUCCACCGACGACCACCGUGUUGCUCCGCCCCAAGAGUCCUAUUGCCAUGAUAACAGGGGGCGGAGCUUCACUGAGCCGCCUACAGGUGGAAAAGAGGAAUGCGAGAAAGAGACAGGAGAGCGAGAAAGGGGGCGGUUCCAUACGCUCAGUCACACGCCCUCUCAGGAAGGAAAUGACACGUGGCCCAAAACGACCAAUCGACAUGGCCCAUACAACACACUAGAGGGUCACGUGACCACGACAACAUCAUCAGCACACAAACCUCCGUCGGGGGCGGCGAACCCGCGGGCGAUGCGUAACCAGCUGCUGCGUGAGCGUGCACUCCGGCUAGCGGACGAGCGCAGCGGCGGGAUUAGCACAGACGACGAGACAAACGUGGAGAUCCGGAGGGUGGGACGGUACUGGAGCCGCUCGGAACGCCGUGAACAGGUGCUGCAAAAACAACGGCAGAAGCGGGAGGCUCUCCGAGGGGGCGGAGCUAACAAUAACACCAGCAUGGGCGGAGACAGCAGUGGAUACAGUGCGCUAAUGGAGCUGAGUCAGAGGAAACUGAGUCGCCUCAGGAACAGGAAGCUGCUGGACGACUGGACGACGGUGGAGGAGCUGCUGACUCACGGAACACGACUCGGAACUCACGACGAAAACGUCCAGAUCCCGAACUCCCUCCUCACCGUCACCACUGUAUAACCACACACACACACACACACACACACACCCACAGCGUGGCAUCAUGGGAGAUUUACACAGCGUUACACGCCCUCCUCUCAGGGCAGGAAGCAUUCUGAUUGGUUACGUGCCACGGCCAAUGAGUUAUUUUUUAAUUCAUUUGGACUUUUUCUAUUUUUGAUGAUACUCAAAAAAAUUGAAAUCCAAACACAUUAAUGUUUAUUUUGUUUGUUAAACUUAGUAAUGUUUAUAACAAGCAACACUAACGCUACGCUAACUUUCUUAGCUGGCAACGUGACUUACGCUAACUUUCUUAGCUAGCAACGUGACUUACGCUAACUUUCUUAGCUAGCUCCCUUUAAACGUAAGCUAGAUCACUUUUCUCAAAAUAUAACAUACCUAACUAGCUAAAUAAAAUAAACUAUUCGUUACCACUGAUUAAGGCAGAAAAGAAAUUCAAAACCACUAGCUAAUGUCUUGCAGCUAGCGAAAACUAGGUAACUAACUGGUCUAAUAAUCUGUGAAAACUAUUAUAAAUCUUAAAAAGAAAUAAGAACCACUGCUAGCGUAUAGCUAGCUAACAUCCUGCAGCAGCCAUUUGUUAAAGCGCUAAUGGGAACUGUGACGUACAAAGUGUUUUAUUAGCAUUAAAAUGCUAACAGAUUCGGCUAAUAACAAACUGUGAGAACUAAUUUACAGACUUUAUUUAUGCUAAUGAGUCGACUCGGCUCUUGUGUUCCCUCAUUCUUACCACCAAGUGUGAGAUGAUGAUGAUGAAGAUGAUGAUGAAGAUGCUAACUGCAGGAUUUUAGCUUCUACACGUCACAACUCUCCUCACACAGUUUAUUUAGCCCCGCCCCUGCUCCAUUUCCAUUGGUCCCCUGAUGUAACCAAUCAUAAUCCUCUCUGGAUUUUGGAAGACGUUUGUCUGAGGAAAAUCUCCCACAAGCCUUUGCAUGUGUGUGUGUGUGUGUGUGUGUGUGUGUGUGUGUGUGUGUUUUACUGCCUUGACCACAUGAGGCUACCUCCUGUCUCCAUGGUAACUGUAUAUAGGUGUUUCACAGCGCUGUAGUGUAGAGCGGCGGUUUUUCUCAGAGCUCAGUUCCCGAUGCUGGAGACGAGACACAUUACGCUUCAAUUCUCUUUCACACACAUACAUAUUAAAAAUAUGCGUAAAUGCUGCAAUCUGAUUGGACCAUCUCGAGCAAUAUGGCGCUGCGUAAAAACGGCGGCUCUGAGACGCACUGAAAAAAAAAACCACAAACAGUUUAUCGUCUCGCUGGUGCUAACGAGAGUCUCGAGUUUCUUUAGAACGAAUCCGACGUAAACUUUCUGGAAAGCCAACAAGUUGCACAAAAAGAUGUCAGAUUUCUCUGAUUGUCUUCCAGCAAUGUGGGCGUGGCUCUUUACCAUCUGGCCCCGCCCAUCACCUGAGACGAUCAUUAAACCAGUUACUCUGGGAAAAAAGCAUCCGAAGCCAAACACCAUCACACACACAUGCACAUUGGACAGGAAGUGACAGUGUGAGGAGGAAGAGGAGUUCAGAUCAGACAGGAAGUGAUGUCAGGAGAUCAGAUCAAAGAGGAAGUGAUGUUAGAGAUCAGAUCAGACAGGAAGUGAUAUUGGAGGAGAUCAGAUCAAAGAGGAAGUGAUGUUGGAGAUCAGACAGGAAGUGGACAUUAUUCAGAUCUUUAUGAAUUAUCGUCAGUUGUGUAGAAAACAUUUAUAAGUAUUUUUCUCGUGCUCACACUUUGAUGUCAUGAAGAGAAGAUUUUUAUGAUGAUUAUUUGUAAAUUCUGCGUGUAUAUGAAGACGCUCGAUGUGCUGGACCUCCUCAGCGGCUGAACCCUGACACUUUGAUGUUUUGUUGUUCUCGUGUGAAAACACUUUGCAGUGAAGCGAGGAGUUUUUAUUAUUUUACGGCUCGGAGUCUGAACGUCUCUGACCUUCUCUCUGACUUUUCAGUUCUAGUGUUUAAAAAGUUUCUAUUUAUUUGUGGCUGCUUGCAGAUUUGACUCGAGUGUCAUUGUACAUGUGAAUUUAAUUCUGAAUUUUUGAUUGGAUUUUAUUCGAUAAACAUCAGGAGGUUUUAUUUCCUCACCUGCACUGAGACACGCCCUGAAGUGUUUACAGCGCCGUCCUCACGCCCGGGACACGCCCCGGACACGCCCCGGACACGCCCACACCGCACUGCUACACCGUCAUCACUUUCACACACCACUGAGGUAAUGUGACAUCACCACCUCCAGACUCUUCACACACACACACUCGCACAGUGAAAACACACCACAGUCUCGAGGACGGUUUUUUUUUUUUUUUUUGCCUAAAUGGUGGCGU